AUGACAAUGUUCAGUAAUUUCGUAAGAAUAUGUAAUUAUGUGAAACCUUUUAAAAGCACGGAGUAUUUUUUUGUGAUAGCGAGACGCACCUUCGCCAAUGGGAUUUUCGACUAUGAUUUGGCUGUCAUCGGUGGUGGGUCUGGAGGCCUGGCCUGUGCUAAGGAAGCUAUUAAUCUAGGCGCUAAGGUUGCUGUCUUAGAUUAUGUUACACCCUCGCCCCAGGGAACAAAAUGGGGCCUUGGAGGCACGUGUGUAAAUGUAGGAUGCAUCCCCAAGAAGCUGAUGCAUCAGGCUGCAUUACUUGGAGAGGGAAUUCAUGAAGCGGUAGCGUACGGUUGGGAAGUGCCUUCAGUAGAACAAAUCAAAAUCAACUGGGACGCGUUAACGCUAGCGGUUCAAAACCACAUAAAAUCAGUUAAUUGGGUCACAAGGGUGGACUUGAGAGAGAAACAAAUCGAGUACAUCAAUGGCCUUGGUGAAUUCAAAGAUCCUCACACAAUUGUUGCGACAAUGAAGAAUGGGAGCAAGAAGGAGCUGACGGCAAGGAAUGUGGUGAUUGCUGUUGGAGGAAGACCCCACUAUCCUGAUAUCCCAGGAGCCAAGGAAUACUGUAUCAGCAGUGACGAUAUCUUCAGUUUAAGCCAUCCCCCAGGAAAGACCCUCGUAGUUGGUGCUGGAUAUAUCGGUCUGGAAUGCGCCGGUUUCCUCAACUCGCUAGGUUUUUCGGCAACAGUACUCGUCAGGUCGGUUCCUCUCCGAGGUUUCGACCAGCAGAUGGCCAACAUGGUGGUCUCCGAGAUGGAGGACAAGGGUGUGAAUUUCCAACAUAAAUGUAUCCCAUUGUCUAUUGAAAAAUUGGAAUCUGGACAGUUGAAAGCAAGAUGGCUGAACACGGAGACCAAGGAAAAGAGUGAAGAUGUUUUCGACACAGUACUUUUGGCGACAGGACGGUACGCGCUCACCGAACAACUCAAUCUUAAAGCUGCUGGUGUUAAUACACUAUCAGAGCAUGGCAAGGUCAUAGCUCAAGCGGAGCAGACCAACGUCCCCCACAUCUAUGCAGUGGGGGAUGUGUUGGAAGGCAAGCCGGAGCUGACCCCGGUAGCCAUCCACGCAGGCAAGCUCCUCGCCAGGAGGCUGUUCGCAGGAGGCUCCCAACAGAUGGACUAUGAGAAUGUGGCUACCACCAUCUUCACACCUUUGGAAUAUGGCUGUGUGGGUCUCAGCGAAGAAGUUGCUACUGAGAGAUUCGGCGCCGACAACUUGGAAGUGUACCACGCGUUCUACAAACCAACAGAGUUCUUCAUACCCCAAAGGAGCAUCCGCCACUGCUAUUUGAAGGCCGUGGCCCUCAGGGAGGCCCCACAACGUAUUCUAGGGCUCCAUUUCGUCGGUCCCGUGGCUGGAGAGGUUAUUCAGGGCUUCGCCGCUGCUAUUAAAUGCGGUAUAACAAUGGAGCAGUUAAUGAACACAGUGGGAAUCCACCCGACGGUUGCGGAGGAGUUCACUCGCCUCAACAUCACCAAGCGCUCUGGGAAGGACCCCAACCCCGCCUCGUGCUGCAGC